AUGGCGGACAGCGUGAUGUGUUUCUGGCCCCACAAUGGAGCCCAAACAGCCUCCAGCCCUGCGCCCCCAGAGCCCGAUCCAACACCACAGAAGCCAGGGAAGAGGAGAACCUUCUGCCUGUCCAGGAUGAAGUCUCGCGGUGGCAGCAGCGACCCCCCGCAGCCACCCACCAUCAACAACAACACGCCGUUCAUGAUCCACUGCCAGAUCGGGAAAGAAAUCAAACACAUCUGUAGGAAGUGCCGAGGAGCCGAGCUGGAGGCUGAGGAAGUGGAGCGGCUCGCAGCGAUGCGCUCUGAUUCGCUGGUACCAGGGACACACACACCACCCAUUCGACGACGGAGCAAAUUUGCAAACUUAGGGCGACUUUUUAAACCCUGGAAAUGGAGGAAGAAGAAGAGUGAGAAGUUCCAGCAGACCUCUGCAGUUUUGGAAAGGAAGAUGUCCACUCGCCAAAGCAGAGAGGAGCUGAUUAAGAAGGGAGUUCUAAAGGAGGUCCUAGAGAAAGAGGAGACCAAGAUGGAGAACGGUCAGUCGGCAGGGGAAGCUUCAGAGGCCACUGAGAUGAUGGAGGGAGCCACUGCAGCUGUCGCCUCUUUAGAGUUUCCGAUGCCGAGUGAAGGUGCAAGUCAAACGGACCAAGCUCAGAAAUCUAAUCAGGCUCCUCCCACAAAGAAAGCCACUGUGCAGGCAGCGGAAAGCAAUGAAUCGCCAGUGUCCAGAGCUCCAGGGACCCACAAACAGCCCCCCGCACUGCCACCCAAACCCUUCACCAGGUUACCAAACCAUAUCACAGAUUGGACUCCUGUGAAGUUGCCAUGUAUGUCGGGGAAGCUAUCUCCACCUCUACCUCCAAAGAAGCUUCUGAUCUCUGUACCAACAGGGAGCAUGGAGCCCUCGUCCAUCACGUUCCAAAAGUGUUCCGGCCCCCCCAGCCACGGCCACUCUCUGCAGUAUGGGACGCUGCCCAAUCACCCCCCCAGUAGAAUCAUCGAGGAGCUCAACAAGACUCUGGCCCUCACCAUGCAGCGGUUUGAGAGCUCCAUGAUUCAUGGUGUUCCCACGGUGAUGAUCAAGUGCGACGACAACAAAGAGAAUCUCCCUCUUGAAGCGGAGUACGAGGAUUCACACGACCUGUAUAAGGACGAGGACGAGGAGGAGGAGGAAGAUGAUGAUGAUGAUGAUGAUGAUGAUGAUGAAGAGGAGGAGGAUGACGAGGAAGACGACGAUGAAUGUUUGUUUACAAGCGCGUUGGCCAUGAAGGUGCUGCAGAGGGAUUCUUUGGCCAUUAAGCUGAGCAAUCGUCCUUCAAAGAGAGAGCUGGAGGAGAAGAACAUCCUGCCCAUGCAAUCAGAUCAGGAGCGGCUAGAAUUCCGUCAGCAGACCGCCACUAAACUCACCAGGCGUUUAAGUCAGCGGCCGACGGCUGAGGAGCUUGAACAAAGAAAUAUCCUAAAACCUCGAAAUGGUUUGGAGGAACUAGAAGAAAAGAAGGAGAUCAAAAGACAUUUAUCUCGAAAGCUCAGCCAAAGGCCCACGGUCGAGGAGCUGAGGGAAGCCAAGAUCUUGAUUCGCUUCAGUGAUUACGUGGAGGUCGCUGAGGCUCAAGAUUAUGAUAGGAGGGCCGACAAACCAUGGACUCGACUAACGGCUGCAGACAAGGCUGCCAUCAGGAAGGAGCUGAAUGAAUUUAAAAGCACAGAGAUGGAAGUGCAUGAGUCAAGUCGCCAUUUUACUCGGUUUCAUCGGCCUUAA